GAAGAUAUCUCGGAGUUUAACUCAAGGCCACAUACAAGGAUCUCGAUCAUCUCGAUAGAAAGUAGGCUCGAUUCUAAUGGUCAAGGCAUGAUGGUGAUGUCGAUGAAGGAAGUCCUCUUGAAUGGAGUCAAAACAACCAGAGCUUUCUCCUCUUGCAGCCGGCAACCUACAGCCUCAGGAUAUCUUAGUAAUCUUUAUCCAGAGUAUUCAUCGGAGCCUCAAUGCUCACAAGUACCUCGUCAAAAUCCUUCACGAUCAAGCCACUUCGCUCGUAGGCUUCACAAGACUAGUGAACUCCUCAACCAAUCUCAUUCCACUUCGUCGAUCCCUACAUUCUCUCGUACAUCGUUUGGUCCCUUCACCACCUGGUCUGUCCGACAUCUCUCCACGGAACCAGUUUCCUCUGCUUCCUCAUCCGGAAAAGACCCCAAUAUUGUCUCAUCGACAUCAGCCGAUAAAGCUGUCGAUGCAGAUUUAUUAGAAAUUCCUCAAUUGCUCCAGCUUAUCAAAUCCGGUACUCCAAAAGACCUUGCCCAUCUCAGCCAGAUCUUUGAUCAGAUCCUUGAUCAAUCCUCAGGCCCGCAGUCUUCAUCCCUUAAGAUUCGUGACAUACUGAAUCAUGGCGAACUUUGGGGUGGGUAUAUCCAGGCAUUGGUUCAAGCUCAAGGCAGUCGUCCGGGAGCCUCCAUCAACGAUCUCACCCAACUGCUUCAAACACGCGCCAAGCAGCGACAGGCUCUUCUCGAUUCGUUACCGCCUCCAUCUGCUAGCGUCGCUCAACCUGCGCCAACAACUUUAAAUUCUGAAACUAAAUUGACCCAGCUACUCACAUCACUGAAGCUUACUCGUUCUAGUCUUGUCUCCGCAAUAUUUAAUCGAAUGGGUACCAAAGCGGCUGUUCAACCACAGGAUUUACACGCUGCUAAUCAACAAGCAAUCGCCGCCACUACUGCUACUGGUCAAUCUGCUUUUACUUCGGGCCAGCAAUCGAAUGCAUCUCCUGACUCUGAUUCGGCCGGCACCAUACGUGUUGUGGUUGAGGAGCUGAAAGGGAACAUGGCAAUGCGCGCACUCAAAUUCCUCGGGGUUACAUUGGUUUAUUCAUUCAUUAUGCUCACGUUGUUAAGUUUGGUGAUGGACUCUUCUGGUUUGCUGAAAGCCACGUCUCCGACCGGUGGUCCUACUGAAUUCAAGCCUCAGGGUCAAACACCUGUGACGUUUGAGGAUGUGCAUGGAUGCGAUUCGGCCAAAGAAGAGUUGAAAGAAGUCGUGGAUUUCUUGAAGGAUCCUCUCCGUUUCGCUAGACUGGGUGGCAGACUGCCCCGAGGUGUAUUGCUCACGGGUCCACCCGGUACUGGUAAAACGUUAUUGGCUCGUGCAGUAGCCGGUGAAGCAGGAGUACAAUUCUUCAUUGCAUCAGGUUCCGAAUUCGACGAAAUGUAUGUUGGAGUUGGUGCGCGACGGAUCAGAGAGCUUUUCGCAGCAGCACGUAAGGCGGCUCCUGCGAUUAUUUUUAUCGAUGAAUUGGAUGCCCUCGGAGCGAAAAGGUCGAGUAAGGAUCAACAUUACAUCAAACAGACCCUCAAUCAGCUUUUGGUCGAGCUCGAUGGAUUCCAACAAACUGAAGGAGUCAUCUUGAUGGCAGCGACCAACUUCCCGCAAUCGCUAGAUAAGGCUUUGACCCGCCCAGGACGGUUUGAUCGACAUGUCGCCGUGCCGUUACCAGAUGCUCGAGGCCGGGUACAGAUCUUGAAACAUCAUGCAAGGAAUGUCACAGUCAAUAGCGACCUCGAUUUAUCUUUUGUUGCACGCUCAACUCCAGGUUUCUCAGGUGCUGAUCUACAAAACUUGGUCAAUCAAGCUGCCGUAAAAGCCUCCCGAGAGGGAGCGGACAACGUCACGGCGAGCCACUUUGAUUGGGCCCGUGAUCGGAUCAUGAUGGGAGCAGAAAACAAGAAUUACAUCACCUCCCCACAGCAAAAGCGAUUGACGGCGUACCAUGAGGCUGGACACGCUUUGGUAAGCAUGUAUACCCCUGGCGCAACCCCAUUGCACAAAGUAACCUGCCUUCGUCGAGGCCAUGCCCUUGGAAUUACACACUUUUUGCCAGAGAUGGAUAAAGUGAGUGAAAGUUAUCGGGAAUGUCUUGCAAGAUUGGAUGUUGGCAUGGGAGGCCGUGCAGCGGAGGAGUUGCUGAUGGGCAAAGAGCAUGUUACCUCCGGGGCCUCGUCUGAUAUCGACACUGCGACAAUGAUUGCAACUGCUAUGAUACGGGAGAUGGGGUUUUCGACUCGCCUCGGUCCAAGAGCUUACCGAUCCGAUGAUCAACUAUCCCCGCAAACACUGGCCAUUAUCGAUUUGGAAGUCUUAGAAAUGGUAGAGUCCGCCGAGAAACGUGCAAAGGAGUUAUUACGUGAGAAGAGAGAAGAGUUGGAUCGGUUAGCUAAUGCUCUAGUUGAAUAUGAGACACUUUCAGCUGAAGAAGCUUGGAAAGUAGUCAAAGGUCUGGGAAUUGAGCGCGAUGCAGUAUAAAAUUAGACUAAUUGAGGGCAGAUGACAAGUGUUUGUUGUAGUAGCCUGAUGUAGAUUGACAUGUUGUCUGCUAUACCAAUGCUUUGUGAAGAUAUAAACUAUGACAAACCGUCGCUCGUCCGAGAGGG